AGUUCCCAAGAGCAAACGCUGCCCAGCGUCCUGCUCAGCCAGUCAGAGAGUGAGCAGGGCCCUCGCAUUCCACACCAACGAGAUCCUGGGCACCAGGCACCCUCUCCCGCCACGGACUGGUCCUGAGGAUGAGCCGGCUUCGGCCCUGGGCACGAUGCCCCCUUCUCCAUGCAGCCAGCGUUGGAGGGGUCCUCUUCAGUGCCUUCUUGGCCCUCGGCUGCUGGGGGCUGUCGGACUUCCAGCAGAGCUUUCUGCAGGCUCUGGAGCCUGAGGAGGUGUCCUCUUACUUUGGGCCUGAUGCAGCCUUGGAAGUGCCCCACUUCACUGUGGCCCCGCUCACCUGCGUCUGCGAGGAUCAGCUCCCGACACUGCCCUGCAGGGCCCUGCGCUGCUCCCUGAGUGCCCCGGAAGAGCCCUUUGCCUUCUCCUUCCGGCCUGAGCAGGGCCUCUUGGGUCCCUCCUUUGUCACCGAGCAUGUGGUGAAUGCCUCCCUCCGGCUGCUGAAAGGGCCCCUCAGCCACUGCUUCACGGGGGGACGUGCCCUGCUGCCCCCGGGCACAGUGGCCAGGGUCACACACUGCUCAGGCCAUGUGGAGGGCGACAUUCAGGUGGGCGCAGGCAGACUGUAUGUCCAGCCAGUGAAGAGGAAGCACCAGGCGCUGGUGCCACCUUGGAGUGGGGCCCUGCCCCACCUGAUCCACAGCCCCGCCGCCUCGGGAUUUGUGCAAGAUGGGGACCCGGAGCCUCAAAGGAGGGACUCGGCUGCUCCAGAACCACAUGGCUCAGGGGCAGGGCCAGGAUCUGCAACCUCCCAGGCCUGGCUGGUGCCCCACAGGGCCGAACUGGGCCUCGAGAAGGGUGGUGUGUCAGGGAGACUCUGUCCUCCAGCACGUGUCCAGGAGGCAGAGCAGAGGCCUGGGGCUUUGGACAGAGCCCUUGGGGCAGUGGGACCCUUGUCUCACUUGACAGAUGAGACGAUCACAGAAACUCCCUCCCAGGCUCACCUUCUUAGGUGCCCAGAGUGCCUGGUCACCAGGGGGAGCCCCCACUGGGGGUGCCCAUGCCAUGUGGCAUCUUGGCUUCCAGGAAGAGCAUCCCCCCAAGCCCAGCCGGCCUGUCUCUCCCCUUCAGCAGAUCCUUCCCCCGGGCUCUGGAGGCGGACACGGAGACGGGCAGCAGGGGGCAUCCUGCACCUGGAGCUGCUGGUAGCCGUGGGCCCUGACGUCCACCAGGCUCACCAGGAGGACACCGAGCGCUACAUCCUCACCAAUGUCAACAUCGGGUCGGAGCUGCUGAGGGACCCCUCCCUGGGGGUGCAGGUCCGAGUGCACCUGGUAAAGCUGCUCAUCCUCACGGAGCCUGAGGGGACCCCGAAUAUCACUGCCAAUAUCACCUCGUCCCUGCUGAGCGUCUGUGAGUGGAGCCGUUCAGUCAACCCUGAGGACGACAAGGAUCCUGGGCACGCUGACCUGGUCCUCUACGUCACCAGGUUUGACCUGGAGUUGCCUGAUGGGAACCGGCAGGUCCGGGGAGUCACCCAGCUGGGGGGUGCCUGCUCCCCCUCCUGGAGCUGCCUUAUCACUGAGGACACUGGCUUUGACCUGGGGGUCACCAUGGCCCAUGAGAUCGGACACAGUUUAGGCCUGGACCACGAUGGGGCACCUGGCAGCGGCUGUGGGGCCAGUGGACAUGUGAUGGCCUCUGACGGCGUGGCCACCACCCACAGGGGCCAGGUGUGGUCCCCCUGUAGCCGAAGGCAGCUGCAGCAGCUGCUCAGCACAGGGUGGGUACGCUGCAUGUGGGACCUGCCAAGCUCGCCGUGGGGACCCACAGGGCGCCUGCCUGAUGCUCAGCCCGGCCUCUACUAUGGCAUGGAGGAGCAGUGCCGCAUUGCCUUCGGCCCCGCUGCCACCGCCUGCACCUUUGCCAGGGAGGGGCUGGACAUGUGCCAGGCCCUGUCCUGCCACACGGACCCCCUGGACCACAGCAGCUGCAGCCGGCGCCUCGUGCCUCUCCUGGAUGGGACAGAAUGCGGCUUGGAGAAGUGGUGCUUCAAGGGUCACUGCCGCUCCCUGGCGGAACUGACGCCCGUGGCUGCCGUGCACGGGAGCUGGUCCAGCUGGGGCCCCAGCAGCCCUUGCUCCCGCUCCUGUGGAGGAGGUGUGGUCACCAGGAGGCGGCAGUGUGACAACCCCAGGCCUGCCUUCGGGGGGCGUGCGUGCACCGGGGCCGACCUGCAGGCUGAGAUGUGUAACACUCAGGCCUGCGAGAAGACGCAGCUGGAGUUCAUGUCCGAGCAGUGCGCCCAGACCGACGACCAGCCGCUACCCGUCUCCCCGGGGGGCACCUCCUUCCACCACCGGGGUGCUGCAGUGCAGUACAGCCAAGGGGACGCUCUGUGCAGACGCUUGUGCUGGGCUGGCAGCCAGAGCCUCCUUGUGCGGCAAGGACACCGGCUCCUGGACGGGACCCGGUGUGUGCCCAGCGGCCCCCAGGAGGACAGGACCCUGAGCCUGUGCGUGUUGGGCAGCUGCCGGACAUUUGGCUGUGACGGCCGGAUGGACUCUCAGCAGGCGUGGGACGUGUGCCGGGUGUGUGGAGGGGACAACAGCACGUGCAGCUUCCGGAAUGGCUCUUUCACAGCGGGGACGGCCAGAGAAUAUGUCACAUUCUUGACAGUCACCCCCGACAUGACUGGGGUGCGCAUCGUCAACCGCAGGCCCCUCUUCACGCAUUUGGCAGUGAGGAUCCGAGGGCACUACGUUGUGGCUGGGGAAGGCAGCAUCGCGCCCAGCACCACCCACCCAUCCCUCCUGGAGGACAGCCGCAUGGAGUACAGAGUGGCCCUCUCUGAGGACCGGCUACCCCGCCAGGAGGAGAUCCGCAUCCAGGGACCCGUCCAAGAAGACGUGGAGAUCCAGGUGUACAGGCGGUAUGGCGAGGAGCAUGGUGCCCUCACCCGCCCAGAUGUCACCUUCACCUACUUCCAGCCCAAGCAGCAGGAGGUGUGGGAGUGGGCUGCGGAGCGUGGGCCCUGCUCCGUGAGCUGUGGGGAAGGGCUGCACCGGGUGUUCUACAGCUGCCUGGACCGGGCCCAGAAUGUGUGGGUGGAGGCCACUUGGUGUCAAGGGAGCCCGAAACCACCCGCCUGGGUAGAGCCCUGCGUCCCCAUGCCCUGCCCUCCUAGGCAGGAGGUGUCAGAGCCCGGCCUGAGCACCGAGGCUGGGGGAGCAGGCCUGGCCUUGCCCAAUGUGACCCGUGGGCAGGGUGCCCAUGGCCCGGGCUCACCAGCGACUGCAGGGGCCUGUGCCACCCACGAGAUGCCACCUGCUGGCAAGGCCUGUGUUGGGACGGUGUGUCCUCCGGCCUGGGCUCAGCUCUCGGCCCACCCCACGGAGGACACUGCCACUGCCGAGGAGCCUGCAGAUGCCAAGCUGCACACCAGGUCUCCAGAGGAGGAGCCUCCAGCCGCACACAGGUGGACUCCUGAGCUAGGGCUGUGCUCUGUCUCCUGUGGUCGAGGACUGAUGGAGCUGCGAUUCCUGUGCACGGACUCAGUCCUUGGGACGCCUGUGCAGGAGGAAUUGUGUGACUUGGCCAGCAGGCCUGGGAGCCGGUGGGAGGUGUGCCAGCCUGGCCCGUGCCCUGCCCAGUGGGAGGCCCGGGCCUUGGUGCCAUGUCCUGUGACCUGCGGAGGCGGGCGGAUCCCCCUGGCUGUGCGCUGCGUGAGGAUGGACCACGGCCGCCCUGUCCCUCUGCCUCCCUCUAAGUGCUGGCCCACACCCCAGCCCGGCCCCUUCCAGGACUGCAGCCCGGAGCCCUGCCCGGCCAGGUGGAAAGUCCUGUCCCUAGGCCCAUGCUCAGCCAGCUGUGGCCUGGGCACUGCGACACGUGCAGUGGCCUGCAUGAGGCUGGACCAGGGCCGGGACGCAGAGGUGGCUGCAGCUUCCUGUGAGUCGUUGGUGCAGCCGCUGGCCAGUGUCCCCUGCUUCCUGGCUGACUGCACCUAUCGGUGGCACAUCAGCCCCUGGACAGAGUGCUCCGUCUCCUGUGGGGACGGCAUCCAGCGCCGGCGUGACACCUGCCUUGGACCGCAGGGCCAGGCACCCCUGCCGGCCAGCUUCUGCCAGUACUUGCCCAAGCCAGUGAUGGUGCAGGGGUGCUGGGCUGGGCCCUGUGAGGGACAGGGGGGCUCCAGCCUGGCGCUCCACGAGGAUGCCACCACUCCAAGCCCAACCAUGGCUGCCGCUGCUGCUGCUUCUCUGGAGUGGUCCCCGCCCCCGGCCCAGGCCCACCUCGUCUCCCCUGCUUUUCGGCCUCCAGGGCCCCAGGAGAGGCCAGCAGAGUCCAGUGUCUGUGGCAGGCAGCACCUGGAGCCUACGGGAACCAUCGACAUGCGAGGCCCUGGCCAGGCAGACUGUAUUGUGGCCAUUGGGAGGCCGCUGGGUGAGGGGGUGACCCUCCAGGUCCUCGAGAGUUCCCUCAAUUGCAGCGCAGGGGAGUCCUUGCUGCUCUGGGGCCGGCUCACCUGGAGGAAGGUGUGCAGAGACCUGGCCGGCGAGACUUUUGCCUCCAAGACCAACACGCUGGUGGUGCGACAGCACCGAGAGCAGCCGGGGGAUGGAGUGGUGCUCCGGUACCGGAGCCAGCCUGCGGCGGAAGCCUUCCACAGAGAAUGCGACCUCCAGCUCUUUGGCCCCCGGGGUGAUAUCCUGAGCCCCCGACUGAGUCCAGAUGGGAGGACUGCAGGUGGCUGCCGGGUCUUCAUCAGCGUGGCUCCGCAGGCCCGCGUUGCCAUCCAUGUCCUGGCCACCGACGUGGGCACUGGGACCAUUGGCAGCUACAUCUCAAUCCGGGACACCCACAGCACAAGGACCACGACCUUCCGUGGGCAGCAGGCGCUCUACUGGGAGUCAGAGGGCAGUGAGGCUGAGAUGGAGUUCAGCAAGGACUUCCUGGAGGUGCAUGCUGGCCUGCGAGGCCGGUACUGGACCCUCCCCCCGAGGGCGCCGGAGGGGGACCCUGCCCUAGCGGUCUCUCCAAGCAGAGGAAGGGAAGCCAGGGUGCCUGACACUCCCUGAGCACCUGUGUGGCCAGUCCUGGGGGUUGAACUGUGUCCUGAAAGUGCGUCCCAGCUCUUACUUAAGCAGAUCUUAGGGACUCUCCUUGAGGGUCCUCUCCAGUGUGCAAAAACCUAGGGGUGGGAGGUGGAGAUGGCCUAGAAGGCCGUUCCCAGCCCCUCAGGUACCAAUAAAGGAAGCAGGAGCCCUGA